AUAUAUAAUUUAACAACAUAUUCCGAGAGCGACAUUGUCGCUGUAAAAGGUGUCUAAUGUUAAUAAGCUAACAGUAGGUAGCAGUCAAAGCUAGGUAGCAAGCGAUUGCUAGCUAGCUGGUUUUCAAGCUAACUAGCUACCGAACUAGCAAGAUUCCUGGAGUGAGGAGCCCGUUCGCAUUUCACCGGUGGUAGAAAACAAUGGAGACAGAAAUUGAACAGCAGGAGGGAGAGACUACGUUCAGCAACACUGACACUAACGGAAAACGCCCUGCUGAGGACAUGGAUGAGGAACAGGCCUUCAAGCGCUCCCGCAACACAGAUGAAAUGGUGGAGCUUCGUGUGCUACUGCAAAGCAAGAAUGCAGGAGCUGUAAUCGGCAAAGGUGGCAAGAACAUUAAAGCCUUGCGUACAGACUACAAUGCCAGUGUAUCAGUCCCUGACAGCAGUGGCCCAGAGCGCAUCCUGAGCGUUAGUGCUGAUAUCGAAACCAUCGGUGAAAUUCUCCUCAAGAUCAUCCCUACCUUGGAGGAGUACCAGCAUUACAAUGGCAUCGACUUUGACUGUGAGCUUCGCCUACUUAUCCACCAGAGUCUGGCAGGAGGUAUCAUUGGGGUCAAAGGUGCCAAAAUUAAGGAGCUUAGGGAGAACACCCAGAUCGGGACAGAAUUAAAACCCAGAGGUCCCCCUAGGUGCUGGGGUAUGGACCAGCCCUCUGAACGCAAGAUGAGCUCCGAAGGGGCAGAAGGCAGACCAGCACCGCCCACCUCGCUGCCCCUGCAGGGUGGGGUUGCCACGUCCCAGAGGAAGAAGCUGUCUGCCCCCCGAAUCAGUCUGUCUCUGGACCAGAGUGAGGACGAUGUGUUUGACACGCCCGAUGACCUCGACAUCAACGUGGACGAUCUGGACACUCCCGAUGAGGCGGACAUCCUGGAUUACACCGACCAUGAGAUGGACUGGGAUGAGCCCAGGGCGAGCAGCCGAGUUGCGGGCCGUGAGUCCAGCCAGCCCGUCCCCACCACCAGCGCUGAGGAGGAGCAGCAGGACGCCAAGCUGUGGAGGACGGUGGUCAUCGGCGAGCAGGAGCACCGCAUCAACAUGAAGAGCAUCGACCCCUACAAGAGGGUCAUCUCCCACGGAGGCUACUAUGGCAACGGCACUAACGCCAUCAUCGUGUUCGCUGCCUGCUUUCUGCCGGACAGCGACAGAGAGGACUACCAUGAGGUCAUGGAGAACCUUUUCUUGUAUGUGAUCAGCACGCUGGAGCUGAUGGUGGCCGAGGACUACAUGAUCGUCUACCUGAACGGGGCCACUCCUCACAGGAGGAUGCCUGGACUGGGCUGGCUCAAGAGAUGCUACCAGAUGAUUGACAGGAGACUGAGGAAGAAUUUGAAGUCCUUCAUCAUUGUUCACCCUUCCUGGUUCAUCAGGACUAUUCUAGCGGUCACAAGGCCAUUUAUCAGCACCAAAUUCAGCAACAAGAUCAAGUACGUCUACAGCCUGGCGGAGCUGGAGGAGAUGAUCCCCAUGGAGCAUGUGCAGAUCCCAGAGAGCAUUGCCAGACUUGACGAAGAGCUAAAGGAAUCUGCAGAAAACUCCAAAUUCAAUAGCUUCCUCCAAGGAUCUGAAGGAGCGCCAGGACCGGAAGCCGAAAGUGAGGUGUCCAGCAUGAGCAGCUCUUGAAGGAGGAGGCCUUCUCGCCUUGGAUGGGUCUCCAUAAGGAGUAGUGGUUAUGUCUUUAGCCCCAGAUUGUUGCUCACUGAAGUGGAUGCAAAAAUCACAACACACACACACACACACACACACACACUCUCUCUCUCUCUCUCUCUCUCUCUCUCUCACACACACACACACACACACACGACAAGUCCUCUUAUGUUGGCUGGUGUCACACACUGGCUGAGAUCAAAACUUGUAGAACACUUCCACUUUGUUAGCGAACAGCAUGUAGCAUCAGAGGCUAACCCAUAAAACAACUUGCUCCCAUCCAUUGUAAAUGGCACUUCAAAGAAUCUAGAGGCUACACCAACACCUUGCUUGACACAACCAGGCCACUUUUCCAUGCUAAAAAAAUCAGACCAAACCUUUUUCGGUCAAACAGUAAAUGGGUCAUUUUAAAUCUUCUCUGGAUAGGUUUGUCAUUGUUGUUCUUUGAAAUGUGCAUGAAAAAUAAUCAAAGCAAUAAUUUUCUUGUAGCAUUUCACCUACAGACCUUUGUUUCUUGGUCUAUGAUUUCACCCUUUAAUGCAGUUUCAAAUAUACAAAUUGUUGCCCAUACUUUAUAUCUUUAUGUCAAGCCAAAUCAAAUGUUUGUCAUAGAUUACUGGACCUACACACAAAUACUCAACUCUUUCUUAGGAAGCAACUCAAUAAGCUCAGUCUCAAACAUUGCAUCAUAUGAAGAAAUUGUGACAGUAAAUUCCUUGGUGCAGCUGCCAAUUUAGCCGGUAUACAAAGCUGGAUUAAUCCACCCUCUCCUCACUGACUGCUGUGGUCAUGAAGCCUGUAUGUGUGUAUGUAUGUAUAUGUGUUUGUAUGUAUGUAAUGUAUGUAUGGUCAGCAAGAAAGGUCCAUGACUUUGAUCAUACCAGCUUACAUCUCAUCAAAUCACCAUCAGCGCAAGGACCAUAAAUACACGUUUCAGUAUCAAUUGUUUACUUAGCAGAACCAUCUGGUCCCAGUAACAGUGUAUACCAUGUGUAGUGAUACGACUAGAACCAGUUGUCCAUAUACAUACUGAGAGCAUGCCUUUUUUGAGGUCUGACUUCCGUAAACGUGGUUCCUUCGUCAUUGUCCAAAAUGUGUGUGUGUGUGUGUGUGUGUGUGUGUGUGUGUGUGUGCGUGCACGCGUUUAUGUGUGUUUGGAGCAUUUUCUGGUCUCUCACGCUCCUCCCACAAACAGGAAAUGACCUCAAAGGGGGACAGGAAAAAAACAGCUGUUAAGCACAAUCUUUAGAGUGUGUGUUUGUUUGGAGGUGUGUGUGUGUGUGUGUGUGUGCGUGAGUGUGUGUGCGUGUGACCGUGUGUGUCUGUGUAUGUUUCUGUGUGUGAAUGUCACUGCAUGUCCCCUAGUAGAUGAUGUCAGAUGUUUUGGUCCUUUAGUUUAACAGAGAAAUGAUGAGCAACUACGAGUACUUUGGACCCAGUGGCCUUCUCCAGCUGUGUGUGUACAGGCGUGUUGUAAAAUAAUGGAAAGAUAUAUCAAUAAAUACUGUUCUAAUCUAAACAUCCA